CCGGGCUCUGUUUCAGAGGGGAGGGAUGGGAGAGUGGGAGUUGCUGCUAUAAAUGUCUGGAAUCCCAGCCUCUGGAAACACAUCCAAAUCAAGGGGAAGUUCCACGUUAUCAGAAAACCUGCAUCUCUGAUUUGGCUUCGGUGGGUGCUUGUUCCUUUCUGUGCUAUGGAAUUAACAAAGGCAGGCAUCUUAAUCUCUUCCCUCACUUCCAAGAUACUGAGUGCAGCCAAGCUGGCUAACGUGAGCACAGUGGCCUCUAACAGUGUCCUAGCUGGCCUUUCAUCAAUGGGGCUCACGCUGUCAUCCAACGCUGCCCUGGGCCAGGCUGCGUCCACCCUGGGGUCCUGGCUGGGGGCACUUAAUGGCUGCUCCCUGCUGGGAGCCCCUGCUGCAGCUCUGACCAGUUUCCCAGUUGGAGCCAAGAUUGCUACAGCUGUGGCCGGAGGAGGUGCGUCUCUGCAAGAAAGGGACUUAAGUCCUCAUCUGCCCCCAGGCUCUGGGACUUGGGGGGCAUCCACCCUUGCCGGUGCCCAGGGUUACCCAAGGCCUCAUGCAGAUGCCGUAGCUGUAGGGGCUGUGCCCACAGUGCUGGGCGCCAUGGGCUUCACCAGUGCUGGAAUUGCGGCCUCGUCCAUCGCAGCCAAGAUGAUGUCCGUAGCUGCCAUCUCCAAUGGGGGCGGAGUGGCAGCCGGCAGCCUUGUGGCUACUCUGCAGUCUGUGGGAGCAGCCGGACUUUCCAUGUCAUCCAAGGUCCUUCUGGGCUCGGCUGGGUCUGCCCUUGUGUCCCGAAUGAUGGGCUUGUAAUAGUUUCCUGUCGGUCCCCCUGCAGAGAAGAGGAUGGGUCUGGUCCUGCCCACCAGCCCCGUGCAGCGAGGGACCAGUUUCCAGGUGACAAGAUGCCAAACACUGUACCCCCGGAAAAUAAGGAAUAAAAAGGUGUUGUUGCCACCCC